AUGAUAUUCGAGUGCCAGGACUACACCGAUGAACAAAAGGUCAAAUUGGCAACACUCGAAUUCACCGAUUACGCUAUUGUCUGGUGGGAGCAGGAGCGCACUAGCAGCCAUUACUACCGUGACCUAUACCAGAGGCUCCAGACAUUAGUCCAGGGAAGCCGUAGUGUGGAGGACUACUACAAGGAGAUGGAGAUCACCAUGCUCCGAGCAGACAUUGUGGAGGAUAGAGAGGCUACCCUGGCAAGAUUCCUUAAUGGCUUGAGACCUGAGAUCGCCGAAUUGGUGGAGUUGCAAAACUACAUGGAUAUGCCUGAGUUGAUUGACAAGGCAUCCAAGAUCGAGAGGAGACUUAAGAGGAGGGGUAACCCUCGUAACCCUAACUUCUCUGCCACGUCUGUGUGGAGGGGCAACCCAACAUUCGAGCGGGAACGGCCUAGUCCAGGGGUGCCCAAAUUUACCCCUAAGACCGAGCCACCCAAGCAGACUGUAAAGACAACUCCAAGGCCUUCAUUCGACUCCUCCAAGCCACGAAGCUGCGACAAGUGCUUCAAAUGCCAAGAAUUUGGGCACAUUGCUUCUCAAUGUCCUAAUAGGCGUACCAUGAUUGUCCUACUGAGCGGAGAUGUCAUAUUUGAUGACGAGGAGGAGUUCGCCGACAUGCCUCCAUUGACUGAAGAAGGUGAAGAUUCCGAGGUAGAGGUUGAGGCCACUACCAAGCAAGUGGGUGUUGCUCAAGUAGCCCGUCGGGCUCUUGCGACCCAAGUCAAGAAGGUGGAUGAGGGCCAACGUGACAACAUCUUCUGCACGCGAUGUCACGUCAAGGGAAGAGUAUGUAGUUUCAUCAUUGAAGCAAAUAGUUGUACCAACGUGGCAAGUACUCUUAAGGUGGACCAUCUUUCCUUGCCCACGUUGAGGCACCCUAGCCCAUACCGCUUGCAAUGGCUCAAUGAGAGUGGCGAUAUCAAAGUCACUAAGCAAGUGGUGGUGCCUUUCCAGAUUGGAAAGUAUGAGGAUGAGGGACGGCCAUGGCAAUAUGACAAGAAGACUACGCAUGAUGGUUUCACCAACAAGUAUUCCUUCUUGCACCACAACAAGAAGAUGACACUGGUGCCCCUCACACCCCAGCAGGAAGUGAUUCUACUAUCUCAUGAGGCACUCACUGACUUACCUUCUGAAAUCUCUUCUUUGUUGCGGGAAUUUGAGGAUGUUUUCUCGGAUGAGAUCCCAAGUGGACUACCCCCACUCAGAGGGAUCGAGCACCAGAUAGAUUUCAUCCUUGGAGCAUUCUUGCCGAACAGACCGACAUACAAGAUGGGCCCUGAAGAGACUAAGGAGAUUCAGAGGCAAGUGGACGAGCUCUUAGAGAAAGGUUGGGCUCAAGAGAGCAUGAGCCCAUGUGCAGUUCCCGUCAUCCUCGUUCCAAAGAAAGAGGGCACUUGGAGGAUGUGUAUGGACUGUCGUGCCGUCAACGCUAUCACAGUUAAGUAUCGUCACCCUAUACCGCGUCUAAAUGAUUUGUUUGACGAAUUGUAUGAUGCAGUCAUAUUCACCAAGAUCGAUGUUAAGAGUGGCUACCAUCAAAUUCGAAUGAAGGAAGGGAACGAGUGGAAGACGGCCUUCAAGACUAAGUAUGGUAAAUUUGUUGUUGUUUAUUUUGACGACAUUCUGGUCUACAGCAAGAGUUCUGAGGAACAUGUAGCACAUGUACGAGCUGCCCUUGAGGUUUUGCGUCGGGAGAGGUUGUUCGCCAACCUUGGCAAAUGUAUUUUCUGCACUAAUGAGCUUAUCUUCCUUGGUUAUAAGGUUAGUGCACAGGGUAUUAGAGUGGACGAGAGCAAGGUCCAAGCCAUCAAUGAGUGGCCCGUGCCCAAGACCAUGAGUGAAGUUCGGAGUUUCCACGGCCUUGCGAGUUUCUAUCGCCGUUUUGAUAAAGCUUUUGAGGUUGAGUGUGAUGCUUCUGGUGUAGGAAUUGGAGCCGUGUUGAUCCAAGAAGGAAGGCCGAUCGCAUACUUUAGCGAGAAGUUAAAUGGUGCCGCCAUGAACUACUCCACCUACAACAAGGAGUUCUAUGCUUUGAUUCGUGCACUGGAGACAUGGCAGCACUACCUGAGGUCUAAGAAAUUUGUCAUCCACACUGACCACGGGGCAUUAAAAUACCUCAAGUCUCAACAAAAAUUGAAUAAGAGACACAUCCGGUGGGUCAAUUUUGUGGAGUCCUUUCCCUAUGUGAUCAAGUACAAAGCUGGCAAGACCAAUGUCGUUGCCGAUGCACUAUCCAGGAGAUAUGUUUUGAUUACUUUACUUGAUGCUAUACUCCUUGGAUUUGACCUUAUCAAAGAACUCUAUGAUACCGACUCUGAUUUUUCUGAUAUCUACAAGUCUUGUGCUAAGUCGAGUCAGGAGCAUUUCCCUGUCCAGCGUCGCAACAAGUUGCUACCACGUGGAGAUGGACCAUUCCAAGUUGUGGCGCGCAUCAAUGGCAAUGCCUACAAGCUCGAUUUUCCAGAUGAUGAGGUCGAUUUAAGGACAAAUUUUUCGCAAGAGGAGGGGAAUGAUGAGGAGGUCGAGGGAGCUAUCCAAGUGGAGCAAGUGAAGGUGCCAUUGGGGCCUAUGACACGAGUUCGUACGAAGAGGUUGAAUGAGACACUACAAACAUUGGUUCGUGCGGCCCGUGAGUCAAGUGGAGAGCCAAGGGCCAUCGAGCGCCUCAACGAAACUAGAGAUGUUGUCCUACUAUCGGCCAUCCAUGAGGAUUAG